AUGAAGGUCCACACGAGCAGCCUCGUCCUUCUCAUAGUGUCUAAAAGCUGCUUUGUGACUCUCCUUACAGUGCUGAGUUCAUCUGCUGCAGACGUUGAAGAGACUCUGACAGGAAGUGAAGGAGGAAGCAUCACUCUACCUGCCCCGGUCGGAGAAUUAGGACUCCUCUUUUACAAAGUCAAGACUCUGGCUGUAGUGCAGAACUGGGUAUUAGACAUUUGGCACCAACGUUACAGGGACAGACUUCUCUGGAACAGAACUACUGGACUCUUUACAAUCACCCGACUGCAGAAAGACGACUCUGGGAUUUAUACUGUUCAGUCUAAAACAGGAAACGUUUUUGCGCAGUCCUACAAACUCACAGUUUACGACUCUGCAUCUGGUCCUGCAGUGGAAACUGUGAACGUGACCUCUGACAGCUGCGUCCUGCGCUGUGCUGUGGAUAGCGCUGCAGACAUCACACUGCGGUGGUACAAAGACGAGGAGAUGCUGAACCAGAUCAGCUUCCCGGACUCUCUGCUGCUCACUGUGACCGAGCAGAACCUCAGCUCCUCUUACAGGUGUGAGGCUGGAAACCCUGCAGAAAACACAAGUGUCCACGUCGACGUCAAGACGCUCUGCAGUGGACUGAAGCACACAGGUGAUGGUGAAGACCGGUUCUGGUUUGUCCUGCGCCUGGUUCUGUUCUUCUUAGGGUUUGGAUGUUUCUUUUCUCUCCAUAAGGUGACAGCCUUAUACAUCAGACAGAGAAGACGUGAAGGAAGAUCUGCUGCUGGCAGCAGUCAGACAGUCACCAGAAACAUGGAGAAUCAUCAGACUACGCCUCACGACGCUGCAGAGAACCAGCUUUAA